UGUCCAAUGGAAGACUGCACACUCGAUAGACUCCGUGGAACGCUCUCGGGGUUGGUGGCAUGAAAACACAGAUCAGACGAAGCAACACUCGGAAGGGCGCCCGUCGUAGCCCGAAACUCCAUUGCUAUCUCUCGUCUUCCCUUUUGACUGCGAAUCGAAAGCGAUGGGAUUGAAAAAGGCAGCGAGAGCCUUCCGUCUAUCUCCUCUGUUUCUUCCAUCGGUUGUCUCCACGGGCAGAGCUGAUCUGUGGUAACUGAGCAGAAGAAGAGGGAAGAUGUCAGCUCUGACCGGUCACACACUUGGAAACUUCGUCCCUUUACUUGGGAUGUCAGUUUGUAGCAUGGAGAGUAGUAGUAAGCACCGCUACGGCUGUGUCACUCUAUAAGAUCUCUCUUCCGUCUCUCUCCUACUCUUUGCGGGAGAUCAUUCGACCGGAGUUUGGUUGGGGGAGAUGGAGCCGAGCGAGGUGCUCAGGAUAGGGAGCCUGCGAAGGAACAGUUCGGUAUGGAGGAGAGGGGACGAGAGCAUCUUCUCGCGGUCGUCGCGGGACGAGGACGACGAGGAGGCACUCAAGUGGGCCGCCCUCGAGAAGCUGCCCACCUUCGACCGCGUCCGCCGGGGCAUCCUGGCGCUGGCGGAGGAUGGUGGCGAGCUGCAGGAAGUCAAUAUCGAGAGGCUUGGCUUCCGGGAGAAGAAAGCCCUUAUCGAACGCCUCGUUCGUGUCGCCGACGAGGACAACGAGCGCUUCUUGCUCAAGCUCAGGGAUCGCGUCGACCGAGUCGGGAUUGAUCUGCCCACCAUAGAAGUCCGAUAUGAGCACCUCAGCAUCGAAGCAGAGACGUAUGUGGGUAACAGAGGAUUGCCUACCAUCUUCAAUUCCACCCUUAACAUGCUAGAGGCCUUUGGAAAUUACUUGCGAGUACUACCAAGCAGAAAGAGACCUUUGUCGAUCCUUCAUGAUGUCAGCGGAAUCAUCAAACCUCGCAGGAUGGCUUUGCUCUUAGGUCCUCCGGGAUCGGGAAAAACCACGCUGUUGUUGGCUUUGGCUGGAAAGCUCAGCUCUGAUCUCAAGGUUACCGGAAAAGUGACCUACAAUGGCCAUGACAUGAGUGAAUUCGUCCCUCAAAGAACCGCUGCGUACAUCAGCCAGUAUGACCUUCACAUCGGGGAGAUGACAGUCCGCGAGACGCUAGCUUUCUCUGCCAGGUGCCAAGGAGUAGGCACUCGUUACGAGAUGUUGACUGAGCUCGCCAGGAGAGAGAAGGCCGCAAACAUCAAGCCAGAUCCGGACAUUGAUGUGUUCAUGAAGGCGUCUUCGAUGAAAGGGCAAGAAGCCAAUGUGAUCACGGAGUAUAUCCUGAAGAUCCUCGGUCUGGAGGUCUGCGCCGACACCAUGGUAGGAGAUGAGAUGUUGAGAGGAAUCUCCGGUGGUCAGAGGAAGCGUGUCACGACAGGUGAGAUGCUUGUUGGGCCAGCGAGAGCUCUGUUCAUGGACGAGAUAUCAACCGGUCUGGAUAGCUCGACUACUUUCCAGAUAGUGAACUCGCUCAGGCAAACCAUUCACAUUCUUAGUGGAACUGCGAUGAUUUCCCUGCUGCAGCCCGCACCGGAGACAUACGACCUUUUCGACGACAUCAUUCUUCUCUCCGAUGGCCUCAUCGUGUAUCAAGGUCCUCGUGACAAUGUGCUCGAGUUCUUCGAAUCCAUGGGCUUCAGAUGCCCCGAGCGGAAGGGUGUUGCGGACUUCCUACAAGAAGUGACAUCGAGGAAGGAUCAGCAACAGUACUGGGCUCGGCAGGACGAACCUUACAGAUACGUGCCUGUGAGAGAAUUUGCAGAGGCAUUCCAGUCCUUCCAUGUCGGUCGAGCCUUGGGGGACGAACUCUCUGUCCCCUUCGACAAGACCAAGAGCCAUCCUGCUGCUCUGACGACCACAAGAUAUGGGGUUAGCAAGAAGGAAGUGUUGAAGGCUAACAUCGACAGAGAACUGCUGCUGAUGAAGAGGAACUCGUUCGUCUACAUCUUCAAGGCGACCCAACUUACCAUCAUGGCAAUCGUUUCCAUGACCGUCUUCCUGCGUACUAAGAUGCCUCGGGAGACGGAAACCGAUGGGUUGACCUAUUUGGGGGCACUGUUCUUUUCGGUGGUCAUGGUCAUGUUCAAUGGGUUCUCUGAACUCGCCAUGACCAUCAUGAAGCUUCCUGUCUUCUUCAAGCAAAGAGACCUCCUCUUCUAUCCGGCAUGGUCAUACACGAUACCGACAUGGAUUCUCAAGAUUCCCAUCGCAUUUGUUGAAGUUGCAGUGUGGGUUUUCACAACCUAUUAUGUCAUCGGAUUCGAUCCAAAUGUCGGAAGGCUGUUCAAGCAAUAUCUGCUGCUUCUGGGGAUAACUCAGAUGGCAUCUGCCGUCUUCCGAACCAUCGGGGCAUUAGGUAGGAACAUGAUCGUUGCAAACACCUUUGCGUCGCUUUCGCUGCUCAUUCUUCUCGUGCUGGGUGGCUUCAUUCUUUCACGAGAACAAGUGAAGAAAUGGUGGAUUUGGGGAUACUGGAUCUCGCCACUGACCUACGCACAGAACGCGAUAUCAGUGAAUGAAUUCAUGGGCAACAACUGGAAGCAUACUGCUCCAGGAUCGAACGAGUCGCUGGGCGUCCGAGUGUUGAAGUCACGUGGAGUCUUCCCGGAAGCAAGAUGGUAUUGGAUCGGCUUUGGGGCUUUGGUUGGCUACGUACUUCUGUUCAAUGCUCUGUUCACUCUGGCUCUCAGCUAUCUCGAUCCCUUUGGAAAAUCUCAGCCGCCUAUUUCUGAGGAGACUUUGAAGGAAAAACACAUCAAUCUAACCGGAGAAGGAUUAGAGUCAUCAUCCAGAGGAAGGAAAUCUAUAGAUCACUCUGCAUCCAAGAGCAAGUCCCGUGGACAUGCCAAGUCAAUGCUCUCUAAAUCUCGGCGUGCGGGUAGCGAGAAUGGAAUGAGGAGGAAGGACAGCUCAUUGGGUUCCAUGAAGGCAGCUUUCGAUCAGAACAGAAGGGGAAUGGUCCUCCCCUUCACCCCGCUUUCCAUCACCUUCGAUGAUAUAAGAUACUCUGUCGACAUGCCUCAGGAAAUGAAAGCUCAAGGUGUGGCGGAAGACCGCUUGGAGCUCCUCAAGGGUGUGAGUGGAUCUUUCAGGCCAGGUGUGCUCACGGCGCUGAUGGGCGUAAGCGGAGCCGGGAAGACGACGCUGAUGGAUGUGCUGGCUGGGAGAAAGACCGGGGGAUACAUCGAAGGAAACAUUAACAUCUCCGGCUACCCUAAGAAGCAGGAGACCUUUGCUCGCAUAUCAGGAUACUGCGAACAGAAUGACAUCCACUCUCCUCACGUCACGGUUUACGAGUCCAUCGUCUACUCCGCCUGGCUUCGGCUACCUCCUGAGGUCGAUUCUGAAACAAGGAAGAUGUUCGUCGACGAGGUCAUGGAGCUUGUGGAGCUGACGCCACUGAGGGAUGCGCUGGUUGGGUUGCCAGGAGUCGAUGGGCUAUCGACCGAGCAAAGGAAGAGGUUGACCAUCGCCGUGGAGCUGGUCGCCAACCCAUCCAUCAUAUUCAUGGAUGAACCCACCUCUGGGCUCGACGCAAGGGCUGCGGCCAUCGUCAUGAGGACCGUGAGGAACACGGUGGACACCGGGAGGACGGUGGUGUGCACCAUUCACCAACCCAGCAUCGACAUAUUCGAAGCUUUCGAUGAGCUCUUCCUAUUGAAGCGAGGUGGAGAAGAGAUAUACGCAGGUCCCCUCGGUCGCCAUUCUUGCCAUCUGAUCGAUUAUUUUGAGGGAAUCAAUGGUGUCAGCAAGAUAAAGGAUGGUUACAACCCCGCGACAUGGAUGUUGGAAGUGACGACACAGGCGCAAGAAGGCAUACUGGGUGUCGACUUCAGCCAAGUAUACAAGAACUCGGAGCUCUACCAGAGAAACAAGAGGUUGAUCCAGGAACUGAGCAAUCCUCCUCCGGGUUCGAGUGAUCUCUACUUCCCAACGCAGUACUCUCAACCAAUGGCCGUGCAAUGCAUGGCGUGCCUGUGGAAACAGCACUUGUCAUACUGGAGGAACCCUCCGUAUACCGCCGUGAGGUUCUUCUUCACAACCAUCAUCGCUCUGCUGUUUGGCACCAUAUUUUGGGACCUCGGCUCCAAAACAUCGAAGAAAAUAGAUCUGUUCAAUGCUAUGGGUUCCAUGUACGCCGCUGUCAUCUUCAUCGGGGUGCAGAACUGCUCCUCCGUUCAACCGGUGGUGGCCGUCGAACGAACGGUCUUUUACAGGGAGAGAGCAGCUGGAAUGUACUCAGCUCUGCCGUAUGCGUUUGGACAAGUGGUGAUCGAGCUACCGUACGUUCUGAUCCAGUCGAUCCUAUAUGGUGUGAUCGUGUACGCCAUGAUUGGCUUCGAGUGGACUGUUGCUAAGUUCUUCUGGUACAUAUUCUUCAUGUACUUCACCCUCCUCUACUUCACGUUCUACGGAAUGAUGACGGUGGGGAUCACUCCCAACCACAACAUCGCCGCCAUCGUCUCUGCUGCCUUCUACGGACUAUGGAAUCUCUUCUCCGGAUUCAUCGUCCCACGACCUAGAAUCCCGAUAUGGUGGAGAUGGUACUACUGGGCAUGUCCUGUAGCUUGGACCUUGUAUGGAUUGGUCACCUCACAGUUCGGUGAUAUAGAGGAGAGACUCGAGGACACCGGCGAGGUCGUGUCGGAUUUCUUGAGGAGUUACUUCGGGUUCAAGCAUAGCUUCUUGGGGGUGGUAGCUGUGAUGGUGGUGGCGUUUCCUCUGCUCUUUGCUUUCCUCUUUGCAUUCUCCAUUAAGAUGCUCAACUUCCAAAAGAGAUGAAGAUGGCAGUGCCUGCCAAACACCAAAAUAUUUCUGUGAUCAUAGAUAGAUAAUUUGGGGAUAUGUAUGCGGUUUGAUGAUGAAGACAACUCUGUGAGUCAUUCUUACAUACAAUUAUGAAGCAGGUUAUUUGGCAGCAAAA